AUUAACUGUGAUGAUUACCUGCAAAACCACUGCUAGCAAGUAGCAAGCGCUAAAAAUAAGGGAACUACUGCUUGCUAUUAUAUGUUUGCUCAUAUAGAAAUGCUAUGUACGUUGGUCGAAUGAUUGUGUCAUCAUUAGAUGUCCAAUUUCCAAGAAGCCGGAUGCCGGAGGAAAGCUCUAUUUCUUGAGCAUUUCACCUUUUCCCGUCUCCUUUUCACUGCGAAAUGCCAGCUGUCACCCGGGAUCAGGAGGACUCUGAAUCGUCCUCAGAUGAUGAGCACGAAGAGCUUCACUGCAUUGCCUGGAGUGGCACCAGCAAGACGAUUCCCAUUCUCAUGUUUUUCCCUGAAGCCAUUGUUUCAAAAGAUGACAGAAUUUGCUCAAUUGGAGAUCGCUACAAGAUGGCCUUUAAGAUAGUGCGUACAGAGAGCCGCCUGGUCCGAGGAUUACUCACCAAUCAUGGAUUCCAUGAGGUGCACCCAAAUAGUAAUGACUUCAACCUCAUGUGGACUGGAUCUCACCUAAAGCCUUACAUCCUCCGCGGCCUCCAAGACUUCCAGAAGGUCAACCACUUUCCAAGAUCGUACGAAUUGACACGCAAGGAUCGCCUUUAUAAAAAUAUCCAACGGAUGCAGCAGGCCCAUGGUUUCAAAAACUUCCAUAUUGUUCCUCAAACAUUUGUGCUUCCAUCUGAGUAUCAGGAUUUCUGUAGCUAUUUUGCGAAGGACAAGGGACCAUGGAUCAUCAAGCCUGUAGCAUCCUCAAGAGGACGAGGCAUUUAUUUAGUUAGCAAUCCAAACCAGAUUUCAAUGGAUGAAAACAUCUUGGUCUCCCGUUAUAUACACAACCCUUUGCUUAUAGAUGAUUUUAAGUUUGAUAUGCGCUUAUAUGUACUCGUGACUUCAUAUGAUCCACUAUUGAUAUAUGUUUACGAGGAAGGCCUGGCAAGAUUUGCCACUGUAAAGUAUGACCGCACAUCCAAAAACAUCAAAAACAACUUUAUGCAUCUUACAAACUACAGCGUGAACAAAAAGAGCAGCGAUUAUGUCAGCUGUGACGACCCUGAAGUGGAGGAUUAUGGGAACAAAUGGAGUAUGAGUGCUGUGUUGCGCUAUUUGAAGCAGGAAGGGAAGGACACAACGCUGCUGAUGCAGCAGGUGGAAGAUCUCAUUAUCAAGGCCUUGCUGAGUGCGGAGCCACAGAUCUCUGCUGCCUGUAAGAUGUUCGUGCCCCAUAAGACAAACUGCUUUGAACUGUAUGGCUUUGACGUCCUUAUUGAUGCCAAACUCAAACCAUGGUUAUUAGAAGUCAACCUUUCCCCCUCGCUGGCAUGUGAUGCGCCUCUGGAUCUGAAGAUAAAGGCCAGCAUGAUUGCAGACAUGUUUUCACUUGUGGGCUUGGUGUGCCAGGACCCCCUUUCCAGACAACCCCGCGCUGAGCGGGUCACACUGGACUCCAGCCUGAAGCAUCUGGCUCCACAAGCACAGAGACCACAGAAAACUACUGCACACUCUGUAGUGCGACAGAGACAUUUAUUGUCCAGUAACUCUGAAACAGACGGGCUAAAAGGCCAAAGUGACAGCACUUUGAAUCUUACAGCUGAAGAGGUCAGAGUGCUGAGGAGAAUAAAAGAGGAAUAUGAGAGACGUGGAGGGUUCAUAAGAAUCUUCCCCACUGCUGAAACGUGGGAGCUCUACAGUGGAUAUCUGGAGUCCAAGACAUCACUGAACUCCAUGUUGGCGCACAGACUUUUCCAUGGAAGGACUGUGCAGCUGCACGUGGAUGUGCUGUGCAGUUCUCAUGUGGUGCAGUACGAGAGGAAGCUACAGUCUCUGGAGGCUCGUAAGAGACACCUGCACCACCGCUCUCACCACUCGUCCAACAGGAAAUCUGGGAAGGAAUCCAAGGGCUUUCCAACAGAAAGCAGCAGUCAGGAGGGAGGCGAGGUGAAUGGGCAGUGUGAGCCAAGCGCACACAUGGUGGGAGAGUACAGAGGUCAGGUGGUCACAGCGCUGCCGUUGGACGCUCUCCACAGUAAAGCAGUGUCCAGCUCAGAGGCAGCAACGUGGGACGGCAGACCCAGAGUCAACCUGCUUCACAUCCUUCAGCAGGGCUGGGACCUGAGUAAAGUACAGGCCCGACUGGCUUUUUCUUCCUACCUCCAUCGAGUCCAGCAAAGACUUUUGGCUGAGAGCAGAGCCAACACCAUUCCAGCUUGGCCAGACAAGGACAAUGACCAAAUGGAAUUGGUGAUACGAUUCCUAAAGAAAGCUGCCAGUAACCUUCAGCAGGACAUAAAGGUGGGUUUGCCCAGUCGCCAGCUCCCACUUCAAGACCGCAGACGCAUCCUGUCCCAGCAGCUUGGGGAGUUCAUUCACCAUUACAACAAGGAAACAGAUCAUAUGGUGAAAAAACAAGAAGGUAGUAAAGAGGAGCGCCGCAUUAACGACAUUGUAUUUCAAGAGUACAUCGGUGCAGCGAGCGAAAAUGAUCUGGAAGAAGUAUUGACGUUCUACACACAAAAGAAUAAAUCAGCAACCAUCUUUCUUGGAUCUAACGUUUGCAGCCUAAGCAAAGACAUGUCUACAGAAAUGUUCCAGAAUGUUUCGGGAGAGCCAGGCAACUGUGGUGAUUCAAGAAGUAAGCCUUCUCAGCCUUUGUCCAAAGACGAUUCCAGCACUUCUGAGUCCUCACUCUCAGCAGGAAAAGUCAGCAGUGACCCAGACACCAAGGUUUCUGUAAAUCAGCUUUCAGAUCAAUGUGCGGCAGCCAAGUGUGGGAAUAACACCCAGCCAGACGUCCAGGCUUCGCAGCACCGCUCCAACUUCCCUGCAACUUUAGACUGCACCUUUGUCCACCCAUCAUCCACCCUGCCCCUCCACUGUCCUCCUCCGCCUCCUCCCCAGCAGCCCCCCUCCUACACCCAGUCUCUGGCCAAGUCGCAAUUCUGUCAGGCCGACACUGACCCUCCCGAAUAUAGCUCCUCACCUGUGCUCACGCAGCCGAGAGUGUGGACAGCUGCUACGACUAGACCAUCAACCCAGGGUCUAAGGAGAGUAACCUCAUUCACCUCGCCUAUGUCCACCUCCUCCAUCCCCAGUGCCACUCAUAUCUACAGCCAGAAGCUCUCCAGGCCCACCUCUGCAGGCCAAGUGGUAUGGAGGAGUAGUUCCAGUAAGCUCAAGUCUAACUCAGUGGGCACCUUUAAGGAACUAAACGCCCUGUCAGCCCAGGCCCAGUCCAACCAGCAGGCCUUCAUCAGCGCUCUGCAGAGACUGGCCGAUAAGCAGGUGGUACGCCAGUAUGCCAGCUCCAACCACAUCAACCUGCUGACACAACAUCUGAGCAAUCUCAACCUUGCCAACAACAUGCUGAGGAAAGGCAGUUUGACGCUCACUCCAAAAGCCUGGCACACUACAGCUCCAACCCCAGUACCCGUGAGGGCCCUCCACUCUAGACCAGAACUCUACUCCAACAAGAGGCCGGUGAAGGAUGAGGUGGAUGCCUGGGCCUCUCCGUUUCAGAGGGCCUACAGUGUGGUGACAGGGGUGAGCCCACAGCACAACUACCAGCCCACACAGGGGAGCUACCAGCUCCAGUACGCCAUCCAGCAACUGCAGGGGCAAAGACUCAAGUCACAGCAGCUGCUGGAGCAGAGCCAGAGUAGACAGCAGGAUCAGUCUUCAAACCCAUCAAGUGUCCAGACCUUUACCAAAUCCUCCAGCUGUCCUCCUGCCAGUCUCCAUCCCCGCUCCAACCCCACUGCUGUCAGCCUCAUUCAGACCAAUGCAAGUCCUCUCCACGUCCCCAAGCCUCCUAAGAGCGGCAGAUCUGAAGCCCAGGGCAGGAAAACCACAGCAAAGCGUCUCAUUAAGCACUCCUCUUCUGCAGAGAUUUCAACCACUGGUCCAAUAACCAACGGCCAGAGAAUAGUGUACGAAGCAAUAUGCGGUAAAUCAGGUCUCUCCAUGUACCGCAAAGUGUUUCCGGGCCAGGAGCCGAGCCACAGAUGACACGAAGACUGCGACUUGAGACCUGGUCCACCAUUGUGCCGCCAUGACAGGUGUUUCUGCAUGUAACAACAGACUAGACAACAACCAGCAUCCGCCAACAUUCUAUUUAUUCGUUUUACUAUAUGGCAACAGAUAUGUGAGAGGACGGUGCGUGUAGCCAGCCUUGCAGCAGACUGGGAUUUUGUUGCGUGUCUUAUGAGAUGGCCUUUUCAGCGCGUUUCAAACUCCCCCUGCCCCCAGCUACAUUUAAGAGCGGCUGCCUGCUUUCAUUCUCUCCAUACUAGCAGUGCCAUAGAAAGAUUGCACUGAUAGAUAGCCUUCAGCAGAUGCUUCUCCGUGUCUCUGUCGGCAUUUUAACAGCAGGAUGCAGUGUUCUGUACUGAACUCAAAGCAGUGGCAUUAUAACAUAUUUACAUUUAGAGGGCAGAAUUUCACUUCAGUAGUUGAGCGAAGUCAUCCAGAGGUUGCCUGAUCAAUUUCACAUCUAUACCCUGAACCACCAGGACAUGCAGGGAGGAUGAUUCUGUCAUAUGUGGCUAAGAACACUUCUGUUCUGAUGUCAAUGCUUUGGCUUUAAAUGUCUAUUCAAUAUCAGCCAAUACUAGAGCAGAGACUGAAAAUAUAAUUUAUUUCCUUUAAACACAAACAGUGUAUGGUGAAAAAUGAGUCAAAUGUAUUUUGUAACUGUUAUUUAUCAUUAUCAAGUAAUUAGAGCAGCUUUUAUGAGACAUUUUGGGCCAACAUUGACCAGUAAAUCAUCUUAUUACACCAGUUUAAAGACCAAAGUGGAAUAUCAGCUGCAUAUCUUGGAAGCCGAUACCUCAUCCACCCAAUUUUCCAAUAUCAGCGCAGAUAUCCAAUACUGGUGUCUGUAUUGUAUCGGUGUAUCCCUAACAUGUUGUAGCCAGAAAGUGCGGCCACACUGGAGUACUUAUUUGUUGCUAGAGAAUGUGUGAAAGGCACAUCCUGACCAUGUUUUUUAGCUUUAAGAAAACUUCAGUAAAGUCAGAUAUGCCUUUUUGCUCUACACAGUUAUGAAUGUGUAACACACAUAAGGUCCAGGGAGGUAUCAUAGUUUAAACGUUUACAAAGUUUUAUAUAAAGAAAGCAUUAUAUUCUUGAAUGUGAAUGUUUUUGUGAAAUGUGGUCAUAGGACCAAAUUGUUGUACAUUUAUUUUUGUUUUUGUGCUGUUUUAAGUAUUAAUUGAUCAUGUACUUUUGGUGACAUUAUUGGCUCCAAGCUAAAGCAUAGUGCACUGACUCUGCACAAAGCGAGGAGAGUACUGCUUGGGACCAUAAAAAUAGCUGACUCAGGGCCUUUUAAUGGAAAAAUGUGUCUAUGUUACUUAUUGGUGGCACAUGUUACUUGAAUAUUACUUAAAGUUUAAGCAUGAAUACCACUUAUGACAUAUCUGUUGUAAUCUGUGCUGUAUAAUGCUUUUUAAAUGCUACUGUACUUAAUAUGUGACAUAAGUCUUACUGCAAAAUAGUAUGAAAAAGUAGCGGUAGUUGUACUCAAUAAUACCAAGUAAAAAGUAUUGAAUGUUGAGUUUACUUAAGU